AUGAGUUUAUCUACCAUUGAUAUUAUUGGUGGACCUGAUGCAUAUUUAUUAGAGGAUAAAGAAAAAAUUGAGCAAGCUGUAAUUUUAAAUGAUGCCUUAAGAGAAACAUUGAAGUCUAGAAUUAAACCUUCUGUAAAGAAAGUAAUUGAAACUAGUGACUUUAUAAGUUUACCAAGAAAUAGUAGGCGUGACGGAAAUAACGUAAAAGAUAAUCCAGAGAAAAGAAGAAAUAUGAUUAAAAGGGAACAUCCUGAAUAUUCUAACAUCAGAUCUGAUAACUCUGAAAUUAAUAAAAAAAGGAAUGUUGAAGUGGAAAGCCUGAUGUUACCAUGGGAAUUUAUACCUCAAUACUUGUUGAAGUUAAAAUUUGAUUGUCCUAAUAUGUACUUCAUUCAUCUAAAUAAUGAGAUAAUACAACUUGUAAGAUGGUUAGAACUAACACCUGCUGAAAAGUUUCUAAGGCAGCGUAUUCUUGCUCGGAUAAUGCUUUUGUCACAUACUUUGUGGCCAAAUUCAAAGGUACAACCUUUUGGAAGUUUUUUUACCGGUCUGUCUCUUCCUACUGGAGACUUGGAUAUUUGUAUCCUGAAUGUUAGUGGAAGUCCCAAGAGGAGGUUAAGGGAACUUGCUGAUGCAUUAAGGAAUUGGGACUUAUGUACAGGCCUCGAACUAAUAUUAACUGCUAGAGUACCAAUUAUAAAAUUUGUUGAUUCAGAAUCAUGUAUUUCUGUAGAUAUCUCACUAAACCAAGAGAGUUGUAUUGAUACAACUCAGCAUAUUUGUGAAUGUCUAAAGAGAUUUGAUGUUUUGAGACCAUUAAUUAUUACAAUCAAGUUAUUUUUACAUCAGCGAGGUUUGGAUGAGACUUAUCUGGGAGGUUUGGGAUCUUAUGCCCAAUUUUGUUUGAUUCUAUCCUUUAUACAGCAGCAUAUAUCUUCAUAUUCAUCAGUUAUACAUCAGAUGACUAGCUUAGGACAUCUACUUUUUGAUUUCUUUGAAUUAUACGGGACAAUAUUCAAUUACAGCAGUACUGGGAUUAAAGUUAAAGACAAAGGAGAAUAUUUUCCGAGGAAAAUUUCCAGCUCUGAAUCAACUCUUUCUUUAGAAUCACCAUUACCUCCAUAUAAUGAUAUUGGGCGUGGAACAUAUAAAUUUAAUGAUGUUAGACAAUCUUUUCGUUUAGCUUUUUUGGACCUUGUGGAAUCUAGGCAAAAAUUUAUUGAUAUAUAUUCUAAAAAUCAUAACAAAAGACCGAAAGACCCAAGGUCAUACAGCAUAUUAUCUUCAAUAAUAUGUACAAACGAUGAACUUUUCCACUGUAGACUACGUCGUGAAAAUGAUAAUUGCACUCCAGUUAGUAGUUAUAGGCAACCUCCAACCAUUACUAAGGAUAUUAUUAACCAGGUAAAGCAAGAGAUGGAGAAUUUUGAUUGUUUAAAAUCUUCAACUAAUAAAUAA